GCCGGCCCGCAGCCGCAGCUCCGAGCGGCCCGGAGGUGCCGCCGCCUGCCUGGCUCGGUUCGGCUCGGGCGCCCGAGGCUGCUCCCGCCGCCGGUGCCUCCUCUCCGCCCGCUCCGGCUGCGUCUCCCUACCCUCGCAGCGGGGAGGGCAGCCCGGCGCAGCCCUCCUCCCUCCGCCCGCCCUCCCACCGCCGCGCACCCUGAGGAAGGGCUUGUUUUCCUGGCCGGAUGAUGAAUUUCUCCGCAAGGUCAUCCCUGCCCGCGGCGGCGGCGCGCCCGCGGCUCCCCGGGCGCUGCCGCGGAGGAAUACAAAGGCUCCAGAGGAAAAGCGGCCGCUCUUCUCCAAGCCCCCAGAGUGGCUGCCAGCAAAGUGCGGCCAGCGGCACGGCUCAGCGGCUUCCAGGAAGGCUGCCAUUAAUGUCACUGCAGAGAGAACGACAUCGGGCGCAGUAUUCCCCUGUCUGUUCACCCAGCAGUACGAACUUUGCUUUCCCACGACCAUGCGUUGGGAACUGGUGUGUCUGUGAUCCCUGCCUUUCUGGGCAAGCCAGGCUUUUCUCAGGAGUUGGUUGCCUGUCCUGGAAGGAGUAUUUAAACUAAACUUUCCUACAUGCAUCGCUCUGGAUCUGCCUGUAUUGAAGCUUCCCCCCCAUCCUCCUAUCACUUCCAGGGAGUUUGCAGCAUGCUAACAAUAGUCAAGCUCUGGUGUUUCUCCCUCUGCAAGUCAACUGAGUUUUUCAUCCGUGCUAAAAGUGUCUUUUUCCUUCUCGGUCCGUGUAACCUUUAAGUUAUGUGAAGUUUACUGGGGGAGAAGUUAUACUGAGUAAAGCACAAAUGAAGAACUGAAAGUGCCCACUGCACUUUGAAUUGGUUUCGUAGCUGCUUUCAUUCAGCUGUGCCUCCGAGCGUUGGUGAGGGAGAGAUCUGCUUUCCUGCCUUACAGAACGGUAAAGCCCUCGCUCAGUGUGAUGCCAAGGUUGACGCAUGCAUGGUCUCUACGUUGCAGAUCUUGAACUUGAAUGGUCUGAGUUUUACUCGUCCAAAUUGCACUCCACCCUGGGUUGAUGGCUUGCUUUAGAAAGCACAGGGCCUGACAGUGUGGGCCAGAGGCUUCUGGCAGGAUGUUGUCAACUUGUCUGAUAGCAUGCAGCAGCACAAAGGGGACUGAAAAGCUGUGGGUGGGAGAUGCUCUCUGAAGUGAGAUCUACUGGGGUUACUAUAGGGGCGGAGUUGGCUUAGUAAAGCCACUGCCCUCUGCCUGUGGGAUUACCAAUGUGCCCUGAGGGAGGGCGGUGUCAGAGAGGCACAGUCAGGCAGCGCUGUGCGGGUGUUGGUGCGUGUGCAGCUGUGCUGAACGCAGCGCUGAGUCAGUCGCUUUCUAACUAAUGCCACUUAGAAAGUGCAAGAAUCAUUUCCUGUAAACCUCACGAAGAAACACUGGGACUACAAACAAAUGCAGUGCUUGCAAAGCUACUGCCAGGCAUGCCUGUGGCACUCCUGUGGCACAGAAAGGCAGCGUAUUUUACCUUUCACAAGGAGAGGAAUAGAAAGGCCCCUUAUCGACAUAGUUUCCCAAUAUGUCAUCUGUUCACUGUUGUGGAGCAUGGUGAUAAUACCAUUACAAACCACAGUGAGAUAAAAAAAUAUAUCCUUGGGUUAAAUACUGCUCCAUCAUUUCCUCCUUUGAGGCGUUUCAGUUUGCAAAAUCAAAGUCCUUAUCUAUCCAGGCAAACCAUUCCAUUAAGCGAGGUGAUUCCUGUGAGUAGCAUUUGUUUGCAUGAAUAAAUAUGGCAGGUUUCAGUCUGAAUGUCUUCAGUGGUUGAAUUAAGAAAAUGUAAAUUCUGAUCAUGUAGUGGCUCAAAUGUCAGUACAGUGAGCUCUCUUGAAUUUCCACAGAGAAUUUUUUCUGUUUGUUUUUUUUCUCCUAGUCUUUGAAAAUAUACCUAUACAAAAUGCUGUAUGAGGUAUUAACAGUGAUGGAUGAGGGAGGUGCCUAUUAAAAGGGUAAAAAUAAUUACUGAGCUAAGAUAUCAUAGCUGAUGGAAUACAGAACCCUGUGAGCCCUCGAGCUGCAGGAAAUUCUUUUCACGUUGGUGUCAGCAUAUUAGAAAUUGUUUAUUGUGGAUUUAACUGUAGAUUUCCCCUAUAUGAAAUUUUGACCUUCUAUUACCUGGAAUGUAGCUUUUCCUACCCAUUCAAAUGCUGUCUCUUUCUCCCAAACUGUGAGUUUUUUGGUUUGGUUUGUUGCUUAUAACUUUCCUUUCUCAAUGCUGCAUCUUCUCUUCAACUCGUUUUGCUACUAGAAGAGCAUAUAGAUCUCUCCAUAGAGCGGUUGGUCUCCAAACUCAUCUGUUUUUGAGUUAUAAUGGCAAGCUUGGGUCAGUCCAGCAUUGAGAAUGGUGCCUGAUGAUUAACCCUACUAGUUGGUGAUGGACAGAAGAUGGUGUUUUAUGAGUCUCACAGUUACAGUGUCAGUUGAAGAGCACUCAGCAAGGAGGGACAAGUGGUGGGGUUACAGCUAGGUUGAUUUCCUAAGAAAAACGUGGUCGCAGUAGUAACAUUUGUCAAAUGGGUCCUACAGCCAUUAGUGCAACGUUUAUUUUUGAACGUGAACAACAUCCAUUAGAUGCAAUCAAAACUAAAGGGAAGCUGAUUAUACUAAGAACAGUACCUUGCCUGUGGUUUGCUUCUGAAAUUGAUGCAGGUGUGAGAAACGUUUGUAGUCCUACGGCUAUAGAACAAGGUCUUGAAACUUGUAUGACUCUUCUUCUAGUGCAUCAUUCCUUAAUUUAUAAAACCUACACUGAAGACAGAGGUGACACAUAGGCUGAAUCUGUUGCAUGUGUGGAUUUGAGAGCAAUCCUGGAUGUUAUUUCAGGAAAUGUAAUGAUUUCGUAUCUGAUCAACUUUCAUAUCUGUCCUACAGGGUUAUGAACUGGUGCAAAAUACUUCAAAAAUAGUUGUGUAGUUAAAGUAAGUGAAACCCCAGCUUGACGAGGUUUCAGAAUAAGGUUAGCUGAAGAACCAAGGUAGAGGCAUUAGCCUUCUCCUCAGUCUGCCCCUCUGUGUAUGUGUGAAUAGCAUAACUGGCCAAAAAGGAUGACCAGUGUGAGGGAUUGUUGGCAUUAGUUUGGCAUUAUUAUGGGAGAUAAGAAAAGUACCAAAAUUCAUCCGUUACUGUUUAUUUAUUAAUCAUGGAUAGGAGUUGGAUGCACUGUCUGUAAGCACUGAUACUACGUGACAAGGUGGCUAAACUGCUCUCACAUUUGGGGAUACAUCAGUUCGUUCAGGUAAAUGUCAACUUCUUAAGAGACAGAACAAAGCAAAGACUGAUAGUAUUUAUUGGUAAAAGAAAAUACAAAGUUCUGUAUACCUUCUGAAUCGAGUUAAAUUGCCUUCCUGUAGGAAAAGCUUUUGAGAGCCCAUCUGGCCACAGUUUAAAAUUGUAAAAAAAAGAAAAAGGCUGCAUAUAUAUAGUAUUAUAUACAUGGACUUGGAAUUCUUUAACAGUUCUACAGAAAGGAAGAUUUGUACUGAUUAAUUUUUUAAUCACAGGUCACCUACUUAGUAAAGUUGGGUGCCUUGUUUCUGGGAGGCAGUGGCUAAAUGUUCGUAUCUGUAAAUCAGCAACACGUGUGAAAGGACAGACGUGUCAAAAUGCUGCUGAGUAAAUAUGAGAAAAGCACAUCGCUGACAAUUGCAACUGCAUGCAGUGUGUGAGUGUAAGAGAAAACAGGAAGGAUGGAGACCAAAAGGGUAAUGAUUGGAAGUGAGCAUAGUGUUAUUUUGAGCCCUGCUUUGUCAUCUGCCAUCAGUGGAUGCAUGUACAUGCAGAAAAUAAUUAAGUGGAGGGAAAAAUGCCAACAAUUACAAAUUUUGCAAUGAGUUACUGUAGCAUCUUCUAUAAAGAAUGUCCACAGAGGACAAAGUGGAUUCUUUUUUUCUCCCCAUCUCAACUCCACAAUCCUACAUUACAGAACUUAUUGGCAGGUAAGGAAGCUAUUACCAUAGCCAACAUCAAACAAACAUGCAAGAAGGUUCUGUUGUUAUUAUUUUUUUAAUGACCCAGAACCAAGGGUCUCUAUCUAUAAUAUCUGUGGUUGCAAUUGUCAGCAACUCCUGUUAUUUUUACUGUUCAUUUUGUUUUUUAUUUAUUAUAAGUUAGUGAAGCGUGGCGUGGUUUGUUUACUCCCUUUCCUGCCCGCCUCCCUCCCUCAGUCCUCGUAGAAGGACAAGAACCUAGGAAAACACAAACCCUGGUUCUUUGUUAAUCUGUUAGUAUCUGCAAAUAUGGUGCCUAGCGCAGUGCAGACCAGCUCUCAGAUGAGACUCCCAGUUUGUAGUACUUAGAAAAUGAUGAUAAUUCAUUUUCCCAGCUGAGUUAUAUCACUGCUUAGCCCUGGAGAUGAAGCUGUUCUCCUGAGGGCACGGAGAAGAGUGUAUUCUGAGCUAUUUCUCAUUACCUUCUUAGGCAACACUCACAAUCACUACUAAGGAAAGAAAGAAAACGGGUAUUUUAUAAUCUGUUUUAUAGAUAUUGAGGCUGUCACUAAACAGGAAUCUUAGUUGCAGACUGAUGAACUUCUGAUCCUGGAAGCAUUAGCAUUGCUUUAUUUAAAAUUGCUUGUGUUGCCCGUGGAUUAAUCAUAGGUCCAAUCUGUUGGACACAGAAUUUCUACAGCCAGACCAGAGAAGUCCAUCAGCACAAGAGUGACUCAUCAGCACAUUGCAUGAUGGGGUGAAGGAGUGCUAAGGAGGAAGCACACGCUAUUGGGUUAGCACUCUGCCAGUCUCUUAGAUUUUAGACCCUCCAGUUCUUGUGCAGAUGCCCCUGAUGAGCAGUUAGUUUCACGGUAACAAGUACACCUUUAAAAAUGCACGGAGGUUUGCUUGCUUCCUCUUCUACUUUUUGUUUUGUAAUGCUUUGUUACCUGCUAGCAGCAGCCUACUUCAGGUAAAUCUGUGCUAACAUACAUGGUAAAGUGUCUGCCAAGUCUGUAGUGUGAAACACAUCACUCAUGACUUUGCAGCCAACAUCUGAGCCAAUAAGAAGAGAGAGAGAGCAGUCAUCUGCAGGUUGAGCCAUGGCAUGCCACGUUGAUCACAUCUAUAGAUCUAAGUUUUUAUAUCAGUGAUGUUUUAUAUAUAAAUACUGCAAAAAUAUCAGAAGUUACACAGUGAGCACGUAGAUUCAUUUGUGGAAUGAAUGGAAUGACGGAAAGAUCGGUGUUUUCUGAAGGGCUCAUAGCCUGGCAGUCUGAUGAGAACUGACAGAGAUAUUUCAGUCGCUCAGUUAGAUACAGCUACAUACAUAUUUGUUCAGAUGAAGCACAGAUCAAGUUAAGACCAAAGUAAUUAACAUGAAAGGCUGCUUGAAAGAGCCUGAAAUUAGAAGUAAUGUGUUCUUACUGGCUGAAAAAAAACAAUGUGCAUGAGCAGAAAGCAGUGACCAAAUAUUCAGUUUUGGAAAGGCAGAUCUCAUCUCAUCUCCCUUCUUUUUUCCUGCUAAAUGGCCCAGUGUUUCUGGAAUCUUGAAAAAGUGCUUGAAUUCUGUCUGUGACACCUCUACCUUUAAAUUCUGCCGUAGCUCAUUGACAGUCGUCAGUAUUGAUAACUCUUCAAAAUCAUCAUGCCAUUAUCAGCAGUGGGUGUGUUGUCCUGAAGAUCAGGGUGAUUUUUGAUAUGCACAUGUAGUUUUCAUUUAGAGAAAGUUGGAAAAUAUUUGUUGUUGUGAUCAGGAUCGCGGAUUGCUUUCUACAGAUGAAAGGUCUUUUUGUUGUUGUUGUUUAAAACCAGUGAUGCUGAUGCGCAACCAAGGAGCUCAGUUUAUAAAAGGGAUCUCAAGAUAAAAAGAUGAAAUAUGCAACCUGUGCAAGGUGCUGUGCAGUUUUUACUGUUCUUCAUGCAAAAAUAAAAGGCAGCAGACUCAAAUAGUGAACACUGUGCUACGUUAUGACGGGUCUAAGGACACUGUAAAAAGAAAUGGCUUCAAUUAAAUAAUGAUAGUGAUGCUGGGGAAGAUUUUAUUCGGAAAUUUGCCAUGGCUCCAGGCCCCCUUUUGAAAUGCAGAGCUAGACCUGCUGCUCCAUCAAACAUCACUAGAGAUCUGAGAAAAACAGGUCGGGUGUUAUCAUAGAACAGUGGGCACUUCCAAUAUAGGGUAACAAAGUGGCCUCAUGUUACCUUAAAUCUGUGUAAAUUGGUGUAUAACUCACUAACAGCGUGUAAAACAAAGACAAAUAGAUACGUGGUUGGGUGUAAAUUUCAGAUGGGUGGAUUCUCCUUUUCUGGGUGGAACAGAAAAGGAAAAUAAAAGUAGGCUAAUUACUAAUCUGAUCUCACAUGGUUUUGGGAAGAGAUGGGUGUUCCUGUGUGUAGGGAGUAGAGUAGGAGUGUGGUUAUUCAGAUUCAGAAAACAGUAGAAUCUCUUAAUGUAAAGCCAGACUGACUGAAAACAAUUUUCUAGUCUUUGUGCAGUCAUUUUGCUUUUAUAAAGAAACUGUACAUUUUUGAACUUGAAGGACUGGCGCUUUACCACUGGUAAGUUCUUUUGUCAGUGUGAUCUUAGCCCACAAAGCAGUGUGUCCGCCAAGUACCUGAGGAAGGGUACCUCCGCUCACAUAGUGCCCUGGGACUCUGACCAUGGGAGACACUCUGACCAUGCUCCCAAAGCAGCAUUGAACAGCAGAGUAAAUCUGGAAAGCUAGUAUAAUGGACUAGAUAGGAAAUCUUCCACCCUAGUGAAGUGUAACAGACAAUACGCGGGGUCCUGUUGUGUUUUAGCGACCUCUGGUUUUGUUAGACUACCAGAGCUGCAGGUCAGAGCAGCUAUUAGGGUGGCCUUUGUGCACUAAGGAAUAAACUGGAUAUCACCGUGUCCCAGGCUCAGAAAGUGAAGAGGUACAAAAGUCCCGUCAGUCUUCCCAGCUCAUCUCUCCUGGAAAAGGUCGUCGAGCCCAUAGGCUAGAAAAGACAGAAGGAUAAUCAGUCCUUAGUAUUUUACUUCUUGAAUUUAUGGGUCUCUAAUGUUAACGUCACUCUCUUUUCUCUGAAGCAUGAGUUUCAUGAAAAACUUCACAGUCGAUAGGCUUAGCUCCAGAGAUGAGUCAUUAGGGAAAUGAUAAAACAUAAGAAGCAUGCUGGGUGGCAUUGGAAGGGGUAAAAGUAAUGUGACAAAACAUUUGUCACAAAGAUGAUACUCUGAGAAGAGCUGUAUGGAAACAAGAUGACAGAAUUAUUCCACCCUGAAAGUCUGGUAUUUCACAACAAGAGCCGAAAGUUUUAUAACACUGCAGCACACUACAACAUCUCCAUAUUUAUUACAAGAAAAUGUUAAUCCUCCCCCUGAGGUUAAUAAUUAGGUAGUAUCUGUUAAAAGCCACUGAGCAGGCUAUAAAUAUCUGCAUACAUUUAUGAGAACCCAGAUUUCUGCUCAAGCUAAGCAACAGCCUUACAAGAUUGUCUGUUUGAGCGCUCUGUAAAAUAACUUACAGGCUUCCAGCUAAUCCACAGGGACAGGUAUUCCAAUUACAAAUGCAACAGGGAUAACAUUUGACAAUUCUCAGAACAACAAAGACAUUUUCACAUAAAGGGUAAGUGGUAUUUCUGAUGGUUACCCCAGUCAGUGGCAUGGCAGAAUGAAAUGACCAGACUUCCAGGCCUCUGCCCUCCUUCCAGUCCUCCAAAUGAUCCUGGUUAUGCCAUAAGAAUAAGUACUAUGAAUUGCAGGGGGCUGAACUGAGUUGGAAGACUCAUACCUGCUCAUGGUGACUUCAGGUUAGGACUGUGCAAGAUUGGUGCUGUUCAUCCCAUGCCUAAGAACCUAAGAUUCACAGGGCUAAGUCCAGCUUGUAGUUCUGGCCAUGUGCUAAUGAUGCUGAAAAUGCAUAAGGAUGCUGCAAAAUAUGACUGAAGACCAAAAUCUCUUUCUUCAUUUCCUGAGAAGUCAGGCAAGGUUCAUCAGGAGACACAGAGGAAAGUUUUAACAAAUGAGGAUUACAGAAGGAUUAACUUCAUUAAUUUAGCUGCUUGGGCUUUUUGACACUCAGGAAUGAAUCUAGCCUUCAUUUUUAUUUUUAUUUUUUUAUUUAUUUGUCUUAGUCUUGAUUAGCUUGAUGCCUAAGAAAUGGAAGGGAUAAGCAGCUUCCUCCUGCAUUUACCAGACAUACAAACUAACACAGAGGUUGUCUUUGUUUUGGUGAGGAGAGAGGCCUUUACCUUCCUGGCUAGGUUUGGUAUAUACAUUAACAUCAGGGAAACAAUUCAUAUCUCAAGUCUUGGGGCCACUUUACACCGUCCACAGAGCAAUAAAGUCAGCCAGAUAACAGAAUUCCAUCAUAAGGCAUAGAAGGCUUCCAUUGGAAAUAUUCCUGUAUUAAAUUAUGUACUUUAAGAGUUGCUUCCAGCUGGACUGUGCUUGGGCAUUAUCAUAGAAAUACGUGCCGUUGAUACUGGGAAAUAGCAGAACAAUAUUUAUUCAAUUCAAAAGAUGUUCUUAUUAUGAAGGGCCUCAGGGGAACGUUGCUUGGGAAAUGUAUUUUUAUAAUAAACUGACCUAUUUUAGAAUUACAGUUUUCCAUGCUGGAAGGUGGCAGAGGGCUUGCCAAAGACAGACAGUAGGCACACUCACAUUUGCUCCCAAACAAGAAAGCAAGUGGACUGACUGUAUUAAUCAGAUAGCACAUGGAGGGGGUUCAGCUAGGUUCCUGCAUGCAGGGUAUGCCUAAGUGCCUAUCACAUCCAAAACAACAUGCCUGCAAGAACAUGAGCAGAUGUCAGUAGCCAACCAAACAGGCAGAUGACAGGGAGAGAGCCCACACAGUUGUGUUUGAGCCACUCCUCAAAAAAAACUUAGGUGUAAAUAAAAUGAAAUUUAAAAAGGAAAAGCUAAUAACAGGUAUUUUUUUAAGUAGCUAGCUGUUCAAUUUAUAAUAUAAUAAUCACCAUAUUAAUAGUGAGCCGGGUAACAAACAUCAUUCACUGUUUACUCAUCAGUUGGAUCUGUACUGAUGCUCCAAGACAACCCGUGUGCUGUUGCUUCACCAGUAACACAGCCUGCCUUCUAGUGACUAAUGAGUCUCUCAGUUUGUCUCUUAUUUUGUCUGCUUAAACCUUUCAUCUUUUUCAGUGUGAUUUAUAAUCCAACAUCUGCAAUCAAAUUAGUCUUUAACCGCCACAUGAGUUCAACUAGUCAGCAAUCACUGCCACACCUGCUAGUGUGAGAAGUACGUUAGUCAGUAGCUUACAUGCUGCUCAGAAAAAAGAAAAACACCAAACCUGAAUUAGAUGGGUGAAAUUUGACCCUAUAGUAAAAGGCUGUAAUUUCAUUGAUGAAAACCCCAUCAACUGAGCUGCCGUGGUUUAUAUGAAAUAUAAAUAUGGCCUUUUACCAGUGGUAUCCCACCAGAGGUAUAAAAUUGCUGUGUUUUUUUUUUUCCAGGCACUGUAGCUGCCAUUCUGACAGGAAGGCAAACAACAACAUCCUUUCAGUCAUCCAGUCUGUAGGCAGCUGAUUCAGAAUGAAUUUAGGGCAGAUGAGUUAGAAAUGAAUGAGAAGAAAAUUUAGCAGUGAUGCUUCAUUCAGCCAGCAGAAUGCUCUUCUGAAUACUUGUGCUCUCCAUUCCUUAGUGAUGAUCCUGAAGUGCUCCUGGCUUGUACAGAGCAAUGUUGCUAUUCCAAAGAGCAGAUAAUGAUGGUAAUGAACUCACAAAACAAAAAAAAGUUAAAAUUUACAGAUGCCUGUGGCCAGAAAGAAACUACAGGAAUGGGGAAGCGAACUGUGGAGAAAGAGUUAUUCACAAUAGUUGCUAAGUUGCGGCAGGAACAUCAGUUGAUUAAACAGUAUGAUAGCAUUUUCUUUGCAACAGUUUUUGGCCUCUGCAAGGUGUGUUUCUUCAUAAAAACUACCAGGGAUUUGCCUGUACAGAGUAGCUUUUAGGAUGUGCUUUUGACUGAGCAUGGGGUUUGGUCAACACUAUUUCUUCUAGCUUCCACACUUUGGUUGUACCAGCGAAUUCUGCAAAUCUGGAGCCAGUCUCCAGUGUGCUUUGUGUGGAUAGACUAUGCUGUGUGAAGGCUUCAAGCCCAAUUAUCUCAGUGUGGGUUUUUUGGCAAUAACUUACUGUUACUGGAAGAUCUGAGUGGUAAAAACUUGCAGAGAAGAAGACCCCAAAUAAGUCUUGUUAUUACUUUCUCCAUUCUAUAUCUGUUUGCAAUCACUUUUAGGCACUCUUCCUUGAUGCUUUUGCUGAGUGGUUAAUGAUUCAACUUGUCCUCAUAUCUUAAAUGAAAAGAGUGCAGAAGUGCCUCUUUUCUAGAAGGCCAUACUGAGGCUCUUCUUAAGACUUGUACAAUGGAGUUAAAGGCAGGGUUAAAUGUGUUUUAGGGUAGACCCAUUAGCUUAGUCUUAAGUAGUAUUUUGAAGAGAUCUAAGUGGCCAUAUAUGUUACCCCUGAAGUAAUACAGUAUUCUUUCAUUUCUUCUUCGCCAUCUUGAAGGCUGACUUUGUGUGUUCAACAUAGAAUUCUGUUCAUGUGCUCUCAAGAUGAAUUCCACAAGCAGGAUUUAACAGGGAUAAAUGUUCCAAAGGCACCCAGUUUUUAUUUGAAAUUCUUCACUUCUGACAGUUGAAAAGAUCAAUUAGUCAUAUAUAUUUCAUGACUAAUUCUGGCUUUCUUGAGGAAAGGUGUCUUGUUUGUGACUGAAAAGAAGACAAUCUUUGGGACAAUGGGCUUUCCCCUUCUGUUCAUACACACUUUUCAGUUGUCUACGCUUUUUUUAUAUUCUUAUAGUCCUACUCAGAAAAAUACUUUCUGUAGAGUGGGGGAGUAUUUCUUUAAAUAGUUUUGCUUUUAGUCAUCCAUUGCGAGAAACAGCCCUAAUAGACAACAAAAAAAUAAUAAUCAGAAAAUGGAAGUGUAGCAGAAAUACUAAGUCACGGCCUGAAGCAGUGAUUGAGCACCUGGUGGGAAGGCAGGGCCAACCCAGGGGAGCUCAGGUGCAUGCAAUGUACCUCAGUGAGCAGAAGGGGUAGAGCCAAGAUCCACCCCUUCACAGACCUUAUUUAAGGGUUGGCGGUGGAGGUGAGGGGAUCUCUCUAGAUAUCCCUGUCUACCUGAGGCUUGUAAGCAGUGUUUUUUCCUUUGUUUCUGUGUUUACAGCUGCUGCGUUUGGGCUUGUCCUUGUUUGCUGUAGCCAAGGACUUUGUCACACACAAUUAUUGUCGUAGUUUCCAUCAUGUUAUAGUAUUUCAGAAAAAGGCACCCAUUGGAGACUUAGAAAUGCAGAGAAAUGCUUAGAAUGCUCAAGCUGAAUGUACGAUGUGGAGUAGCAAGAAGUAUGAGCAUGGCCACCUUCACAAAUAUUUAAAUAGUGUUUAAAUUGUCUUUCAAAUGACAUGAUGCAAAACACUGUUAAAAACAUCCAUUUCUUGUGAACAGUUUCCUGGCCUUGAGCUAUAUGAAGCUGUGAAAUACUCUGGCACAGAGCACACAGUAAGAGACAGAUGGGGAAUCUGUGCUGGAAGAGCAUUCAAGCCUAGGUCAAGGAGGCAGAGGGCCAGCACGCUUCUUUAUCACAUGGAUCAACCAACUUACUUCCCCCUGUAUGUCUUUUUGUAAGCAAGCAGCAUUUACCUUACUGUCCACUGGCUUUCCACCAAGCCAGAAUUCAUUCUGCAUUUCUAGAGAUAAUCCCAUGUAACAAAUAAAGCACUUGAGUCCAUGUGGAAGAAGUGUUCCCAGAAUGAGCAUUUCUAGACCAGGUUCAUUCUCUAGUUUUUGUGGGAGAAGCUUGGUACUGAAGUACACUGACCUUGAAAUUCAACGCCUGAACAACUUGAUCUAGCUGCUGCCCGGGGAAGAGAUCAGCAGGGGGUAACUACUUGCCAAGGGUUCCAGCCUUUGCCUGAAAAUUGGGUAUAGUCCAUGCAUAGUGAGAGAAAAAGAGCAAGUCUUCUGGGGAGAGGAAAAGGGUAAGAGGUUUGGAGUGGUGCUGUGGGAUUUUCCAGCCCGUCUGCAAUGCUGACUGAACAUCUGUCUCUCUCUAACCACCUUCUGUGGCAGUCUGCAUUUGCAAAGAUGUUUUUUCUCCUGUUGACUUGUAAUAGCAUAAACCCAACAGUUUUCCGUUGGCUGCCAAGGUCUGUGGUUUGUAGCUGUUAAUAAAUUAAUAGAUUAGGGAGCAAAGUGAAUAGAGCUGAAGCAGUGAGGAUCAAGCUGUAGUAAUUAUCUGGCUGGUGCCGACCAGCCGCUGAGCAGGUCUGGAAGGAAAAGCAUAGGGUUGCAAGUACUUUUCUGGGAUAGAUAACCUUCCUAGGCUGGUUCAACUUUAAGGUGGUGAUUUUUGCUAGGGUUUGGGGGUCUCUUUUAUUUUUGUUUCAUCAUCAUUUUAUUUUGUUUUGUGUAAAUGGUGGCAGCAGCGUAUUCUAUACUUGUUUGUUUUUAUAGAUUGUGCUUGAGCAAAGAUACCAGACUGCUUUGCCUACAUUCAGGACAUGCUAAAUGGCAGUAAUCCAGCCAGGUGACAGCCCUUUUGAUACCUUUUGGUAAUCUUUCAGAAGUGGAUCUCCAAAGCCAGAUUCCUACGCUAACAAAUGCAAAGAAUUUUCAGUAGUAAUGAUGAGAUUAUAAAAGAAAGCCCUUCUGUACUUGAACCAUUGGUGUUAGACUCUGACUAUAUCAUUUUCUCUGUGUUCUUUGUUUGCAAUAUCUUUUAACGAAGAGGUAGAAAAAGUUUCAGUUCUUACCUCUGCUCUGUAUUUUGCCUGCUUAAGCUGUAAAUGUUAUGUAUCCCUAUGCCUACAUAUAGCAUCCAGCAAAGUGGGAGAAUAUUUUGAGUGCUCCUGGCAUUUCUUGCAUAAGAACAGGAAAUAAAGAAGGAAUUGUCCCUUCAGAAGUACUGGGCAACUUUUGACUCCCACUGGCUUUGCUGGCAUUUCUGAUUAUCCAGCACUUCAGAGACUCGGAUUUAUUUGAUUUCAGAGCCUAGCUUUAAUCACCAAGAUUAUGCAGGAUGACUAUUAUUACAUUAGCAUAUAUCCAAUUUUAUUUGUGUAUGUCUGUCUGUCUGCAAUCCUGUAUGUAUGCAUAGUUUGAGACAGUAAAAAUUGUGUCCAUAAAUAGGAUGUCAAUGAAAAUAAAUUGUGGUAGGAAGCCGACCAUACAUCCGCAGCUGGUAAAGUAUCCAGUGCUUAUCUUCAAGAAGAUCCCAUGUGGAAAUAAAUCACGUUGCCUGGAUUUUCAUUCUAGCUGAAAAGCUGCCAUGUGUUUUCUCACUCCCUCAAGUAGACAUCUGUGCAUCAGGCAUUGUGUUCAAUGCGAGUCCAGUAAUCAAGCUCUAAGCUGUGAGUGAUGGGUUUUCACGCCCUCCAGAUGACUUGGAAACAAGGGCAAAGCUGUUGCAAAGCCCUGCUCACUCACAGCUGUGCCCUGGCAAGGAACAGUCUGACCUCCACUUGCUUCUAACAUCUGCAGGUUAAACUCCUGGCAGCCUGAGCAAGGGCGGAUGAAGCUGCCCUGAGGAGGAGGAGAGAGGAGCACAGACUGAUGCAAGGAGUAGGGUGCUAGGUGAUAAAUUCAGUAAUUGUCUGGGACUGUUCAGUCUGGUCUUUUUUUUUUUUCCUUCAAAGCUUGGAGGCAUGUUUUGCUCUUGCAGUGUGAAGCAGCAGCAUGAAAUGUAUAACUGUACAUGGAGGGGGAGAUGCCAUGGUCAGUGCCAGUCCCGCUACCCAGGACUUGGUCUUGAGCAGGUGAUUGAGGCAUCAGCUUCUGUAAAUCUGAGGCUUGUUAAAGCGAGGCAAGAUAUAUCUUGUUUGAGCUGUCAUUGCAAUUAAUGCUAAUGAUAGUCAUUAAGUAAUUUUGCAAUCAUCCUGAGGAAUGGUAAUGCAAAAAUUCACGUCAAAGUUAAUGUCCUUUACUGGUGCCUCCCCCACAGCACGCGUUGCUUUGGUCGCAUGAUAAAUGAAAAGGUAAACACUCCUGGCUCAAAUCUGGAGAAAUGAGAAGUCCAGAAUUCUAGCCCUGGAAGCCCCUGGCUCACAACAAGAGUAAGAAUGUCAUAACAGCUCGCGUAAGCCCACGUGUCCUUGCAGAGGUCCACAGUCACAAAAAACAAACUUUUGGUGUAUGUAUGGCUCCAGCAAUUGACUCCUGAUAUCAUCAUUAGCUUUGAAGGGAAUUACAAAGCAAGACAUGCUGGGUCUCUGUUUCCAGUACAGUUAAAUGAGAAAUACUGUAAAACAGCUGAGAGGAGAGUUUUUAUUGGACUAGUUUCUGGAUUUUGCUGUGUUAAGGAAGUAUUUCUGGGUUUCGUUGGGUUCUGACACAGAUGAGGUUUCCUGAGUCUCAGACACGAGGGUUUGUCAUAUAAACUUUGUGACUUCUGAGAAUUCAGAAGAGAAUGAAAUUAUUCUUAAGCCCGUGAAAAUGCACAUUUAAAACAUAGUAUAAAAACUGUAUGCAGCCUUAGCCACCCUCACAGGGGCCGGAAGGAUAGAAGAGUGUUGAAGCUAAGGAUAUAAAUACAUGUUUUGAAUAAGCCUUUAUUAGGGAACAAUUCUAAUAGAAGGAAGGAGGGCGAUUCCUGAAAUUGUUAGUGUGAGAGAAUUUUACACACCUGUGUUGGCUGCAAGGGCAAUUCUGAAAAGCUAUUACCAUCAGACACCUGUGGGACAGACUAUAAUCAGCUGUUCCUAAAAUAGGCCACUGUGCAGCACAGCUGUCGGUGCUUUUCUUGCUGCGGAAAGACUGAGAUGUUGACUUGGUGAAUGAGUUGGCUUCGUCACCCACGGAAACCACUUUGCAGUCUCUUUGUUCAAGCAUAUCCACAUGGUAGAUGGAGAAGGUUCAAGGAUCGCUCUUUGUCUUGAAGAACUGUCCGGUCAUACAGAGAAUUUCAGGACUCUAAGUUAGUGAAGUGAGGUUUGAGGUUUAUUUUAUGGAGAUGAUAAUGGUACCCAAACCACCACUUCCAGAAGGCAAGAGCCAGAGCAAGAUUUUUCUCUCAGGUUUGCCUGAUCAGAUCUGCUGUGGUGAUAGCUGCUGUAACCUGGGUGGUUUCUCAGAUGUGCUUUUUAAUGCUGUCUGUCAGCUCUGGGUGGAAACUGGAGAAAACACGAUGUGGUUUAUAGGUAUAAGAUUUUACCACCAUGAUCCUAUCCAGCAUUUACCUUUAUUAGGGUUAGGUGGGCAGAAGCCCUUACAGAUACGCCACUGUGUGCUAUGUUAGGCUGCUCCAUUAUUUUUUGAUACAGAGAACAAAGGUGUCACUGAUUAUCAGCUGAAUGUGACAAAUGCUGUUUCCCCAGGCACUGCAAGGUGCCAUUUAGCGUGUGUCAUCCCGUGUCUGGUUGGUUGGCACCUCCUGCCUUCCCCAUGUCCUGAGUGCAGCAGUACCUCAUUGGUUAAACUGAUGAUAAUGAAUGAGGCUAUCUUGCUCUUUACUGGUUUGGUCCAAUUCCACCUGAAUCAAAUGUUUUUAAAAAAGCAUAUAGCCUCAAGUAAAGGAGUCUGAGACUUAGGCAACAGCUUCUCAUGUAACUGUCCCACUUGUAGCUGUGAGCUCGUAUGGCUGAGGUGAGCGGGUCACAGUCCUCAGCUGGAUGUAUGGGUCUGUGUCACUGCCCUCAGAAGAGCAUUCACCAGCACUGUAAAAGAUAGCAGUGAAUUGUUCUGAUUUUAUCUCUGAAUACCAAAGGCUUCCAGCUUGCCACUGUUUGGCUUCCUGCAGGGCCUCCGUACAGCAGACAACGAGUGGCUGUAGCACAACGUCUCCUCUUGUGAUUUUUCAGAAGGUGUUUAGCGGGAGGUGGUUUACUACAGAGAUUAUUUUGUUCCUUUUACUGCGUUUAUUGUCCAGGACAGGCAGCAGCACAGAGUGAGAACACAAAAAAAGAACAAGAAGCAACUGCGGAGGUGGAGGCAGGAAGAAUAGAAGGUAUUUUUAACUUUUUUUAAAAUGCCACAGCAAUUGCUGUUUUGGCUGCAAGCCUCUCUAUUCACAUUUAAUUGUGUUCUUAUAGCCAGGAGGCAAGAGUAGAUAUGGUGAGAUCAUCAUCAUGCCUUUCUUAGGUUAAUCACACGCUACAGCAAAUUUCUGUUACUGUAAUGACUGGUUAGAGUCUGCAUCCUUCUUCUCUAAUUACAUGCCAUUUGGAGUAGUUCUUUUCCAUUAGGAUAAUGCUUGGAAACAGCAAUGGGUAUAUCCUUUGCCAGCUCCUGUUAUGUAUAGAACUAUUCUCCAAUAUUGAGCCCAGUGCCUUCAUUAAAAUAAUAUGAUAUAUGAGGAGAGCUUAAUUUCUCAGGGGAUAGGAGUUAAAAAUUACAGCUGGUUCUUAAAUUAUGCAUAUAGAUAUUACUCUUCCUUCUGUAGGCUCAUCCAAGGCAAAAUUUCCUUACUUGCUAUGUUGGCAAAUAACUGCGCCACCACAAUAAGCUUCUCUGGAUGCCAGCAAUACGGUUAAUCAGCAGCAAAUCAGGCCUAAUUAACCAGUGUGCUGCCACCACUGCUGGGGCUGCUUCUGCCACGACAGCGGUGUUUGCAUGCAGUGUGCUGGGGGAGUGUUCUUAAGGAGAAAGUCAUCAUGAAAUUCAGGAAAUUUGUGUUCAAGGAACCAAAAGCGUGUUGGACAACGUCCUUUGUCCCCUAGAGCCAUCCUUUUUCCAAGACAGGCCUGCUAAGCAGUAGUUAUGUUUUCCUGGCUGCACAAAAUGUGGGUUUGGUUUGGGGCCAAUUCCCAGUAGAUGUAUGUCUGCGUAAACCGCACCAUCCUGGUUGCCACUAGUUAACUGGAAAUCCGAGCAGAGAAAGCAAGAAUUGCAAGGGCACUGAGCCAGCAGGACGCUUUCACCUCUGAAGGUGAUCAUCCUGCUUUAAAAUGAAGUCACAUUGGUACUGCUGUGUAGGGAAAAGGUAUUUCUCAUUGGCUAUGGUUAAACUGCUCUCUCAAAAAACAGAGCUUUUGUUUGGCAGCGGUCAGUGUUCAAAGGCAGUCAGUUGUAUGAUAUACAUUAAUGAGGGGGUAGAUUUCGUCGUGGUUUUAUCAGGCGGAAAAAAAGAUAGCAGGAUAGACGAGGACAGAAAUUCCCCCUUAAGUGACGGGCAGUCAUGUCACUUUCAACAUCAAACAUGGGAGUGGUGUUUGAAUGGUUCAUACAACCCUCCUGGCAUCCCUCCAACACCUCUUUCUCGUUACUCAGUAGUAAGCUGAAGAAGCUCAGUGUGGCAGUGAGAUGUGUGAAAUGGAGUCACCUGCCUGAUGUGGACAGCAGGCUGCUGGCUUCCAUCCACCUGCACGUGUGUCAGGAACACUCAUUCCUCGUGAAAUAAGGCUUACCCAUGAAGUCAGGCUGCGUGUCCUUAAAAGUCACCUCCAGUGUCAGACACUGAAGUUCACAAAAUGCUCUGAUAAAUAAUGAGAUUAAACAUAAUAACACGCAAUUUAAAAAAAGGAAAACAUAUAGCCCUGUGGGUUUUGUCAACAUCUCAUGUCCCCUCUGGAGUGACCCAGGAUAUGAGCUGAGAGCGUGGCUGAAGCUUAUAUAACUGUUACAGUUGACUGCCAGCUAGGGUAGCUGCUGUUUGAUUUGGCUCUUUUCACAAACCCAUUUCUCCUUCUCUUUCACCUUGGAGUAGAAGGGCUGCCAGGCUCUUGGUGGCACUCUGCAGCAAGCUUGCUUUUCAGCAGGGAAUUUUACAUCCGUGCACGCCUGGCAGAACGAAGUGUUUCACCUGGUGCUAUAGGCCUUGGAGGAGACGUGCCAAGAGCCAAGCUGCCCAUGGGGCCACACAUGGCGUGAGAGAGGGGCAGGGGCACAGCAAGGGGACAGAGAGGGGACAUUCUCUCUGUGCUGCCACGGUGCGUACCACCCUGCUGCCUUUGUGAAAGGCUGGGGAGGGGCGGCCAGGAGAAGCUCCUCUUCAGAAGAGCUGUCCCAGCCUUGCAGCUCAGCACUGGGGACCUCUGAGUGAGGAUUGCUGGUAUGGCUCCUACAGCUGUAGUCACUGAGGUAAAGAGCCCAUAAUUGCGUAUCUUCAGAUGCAGUUAUUUGCUGACAGAGAUUAAAAGCAAAGUGAAACCAAGAAUGAAGUCUGAGUCAGAUUACACGUGUGCAGAGAAUCUGUAUGAUGAUGCUGCUAGCAGCUGUUAUCGUGGCCCUGUGGAUGUGCACUGGACUGGAAGUGGUCGUUGUAUGAGUCUCCUGGCAGAGGCAAGCUGGGUGCUGCCCACAGAGAACAGAUGGGACAUGGGCUGGAACACCAAGUCUUAUAGCAGAGCUGCAGUCAUCCUUCCUUUUAGAUGGAAAUCUUUCUAAUUGAAGGGUUAGCUCUUCCUGUGCAGCAAACUACUGCUGGUAGCCUGCCUAUUGGAUCCACUGCCCUGCAAGAAAGUGCCCAGGAGAAGCUGACGGCGAGCCCCAUACCUGAGGCAGUCCAUGGGGACUGUACCACAUCCCCUGGGACCUGCCAAGCUCUCCUUGGUCACUGCUCCUGAGGAUAAGGACCACCUGGGAGACCUGCCACCUGCUAAGCACCAGCCUAAGGCUCAUACUGCAGAGAAGGCCAGCAAUGGCUUCCCCUGCACAACUCUUGGUUCUGCAGCCUCUUGCACCUGUGACCUGAAGCACACCAACACCCAGAGGCUUGAGGAUGACAGCCUUCUUUCUGGGCUCUCCAGCCAGGCUGCAGAAGGCCCUCAGGCAGCGGUAGAGCCAGCCCCCGUGGCAGUGGCCUGCUCAGCAGGGUGUGGGCCUGACAUGAUGCCAGCCCCACAGAGCUCCCAGCAGUUCAUGCAGGGUGGCCAGAUGAGGGUGAAUGCUCUGGUGCAGGUGGAGGACUCUGCCAUGAAGCCUCAGAGGGCUGAGGAGCAGCCAGUGCUCCAGAUGACCCAGUGUUCUUCCCCAAGCACCCCAGUUGGGGGUAAUGAGUCCUGUCCUACUUCUCAGGCAAGUCUUCUGCAAAGAGGGGAAGAAGGCGGGAAAGCAGAAGAAGCCGGUGCUCAGCCUGCCUCUCCAGCAAGGGAAACGACCACUGAUCCUGGGAGAGACCCACAGGAGGCUGUGGAUGCAAAAAGUAGGGCUGCAGUCACUGAGCAGCUGCAUCCUGCUGAUCAAAGCGAGACAGAGCAGAGCAGCCAGUUGCCAGCCCAGCUCUGCCAUGAGGGGACACAUCCUGUACAUGAUGCUGGUGUUGAGCCAGGGAACUUGGGCCCAACCCAUCUCUCCAAAUUCAGAGAAACGGGUACAAUGACAGUUCAGUCAGAGUGCAGCAUGUUAACUCAGGAAGCAGCAAGCAGGACAUGGAGAGAUGCCGAGGUUCAGGCCGUGGCUACUGUGGAGAGCAAAUCGGCCUCCACCAGCCCCAGCAUCCUUGCUGCCUUCUUAAAAGGGAAUCCUCCUCCCGAGGAUAAGGAAGAACUGCACAUCAUUUACCAAGGCAGUGGGGGACUGAGCCAAUCUAAACUUGUUGACAGCUUCUCCUCACAACAGAAAUCCCCGUGUUCUCCUGGUAUUGUGCUGAAAUCAACCGUUGGUAUGGCUGUGGCUGCUACAGCCCAGAGCCAGCCUGCCGGGCUGCCUGGAGUCUCACCUCAUGUGGUGUCCGAAGCUUCAGCAGACAAUGCAAAGCCCACCCUCCCCUUGUCCUCAGCAGCUGCCACCUCCCAAGGGACGCCUGUGGGUGCUGCUGAAGGGACAGAUGCAGCCAGUGGUGGUAAGGGCAAUGCUGCACUGCCAGUGGAUGCUGCAGCCCUGCCAAAAUCAGUGCCUGUCCAGCAGCUCACCAUUCACCCCCAUCAACAGCCUGCAGCUGGCAAAGAAAACACUGCUCCUGCUGCUGGAACUGAGAACAAUGUGCAGUGUCUUGUCCACGAGGCAGGAAGCAGCCAGUUACCUUUGCUCUGUCACACACAGGGUGAAACCAAGCAGAACGAAGUCCUGGGCAGCUCUGAGCAAUGUCAGAGUGCAACAAAAGUGGAGGUGAUUCCUCAAUCUGCGGCAAAACUGAAGGAGGAAAACGUGAUGGUGCUGGAUGCCCAGGGAGUGGUAAACACAAGCAGUGAGCCCGUCAGCAGAAAGGCUCACACAGGGGAGGCAGGUGGGGAGCAGCAGAGCAGAGGCCAAGGAGAGGCAAGGCAGGCUGCGGAGGCCAGCAAGCUGCAGGUUGAAGCCAUGGCUGUGCCAGGCUGCAGUUCCGGACAUGUCAGCCCUCACACAGAAGCCUCGACAGAUCCCCAGCAGCAGGGCCUUCAGGCCAAGGAGACUAGGCCCGAGAUUCAUGCCACGACUUGUCCUUCUUCAGCUCAGGCCUUGCCAAACCAUGGGGAAAACAAGAAGCAGCCCACCCCGGCCAUGGAGGCAAAAGUGCAGGUGAAGCAAUCCAAGCACAUCAGGGAUGUUGUCUGGGAUGAGCAAGGCAUGACGUGGGAGGUCUACGGUGCUUCCCUCGAUCCCGAGUCCCUGGGAAUCGCUAUCCAGAACCACUUACAGAGACAGAUACGAGAGCACGAGAAACUGAUCCAGGCUCAGAACAGUCAGAACCGGAAAUCCAUUUCCUCAGAUACGUCCUCAAAUAAGAAACUGAAAGGGAGGCAGCAUAACGUAUUCCAGUCCAUGCUGCAGAAUUUUAGGCGUCCCAAUUGCUGUGUCCGACCCGCUCCGUCAUCUGUGUUAGACUGAAGCUGUCCGCAGGGGUGGGUAGAUGUCUGCAGUGGUAGCGAGAAUCCCUCCCCCUGAGUCUCAAGUCCUGCUGUUCAGUUGUGUCAUUGGGGUUGCAAUGAAGCAACAGUGGAAAUUAUUCCCCUUUGUUUUCUGAGUAGACACUCCCGCCAUCACACCUUCAUCACUGCCACAGCUGGUGUAUUUCCACAUGACGCCCCAUCCCUAUCACUGUCAGAUAAGAGCUAGGCACUUAGCAAAAGCACAAAUAUGAAUUACCACCUUGCUGCAGGGAAUGCAGCACCUUCUGAUAAAGCUAGAAGCAGAGAGAUUGUCAGGAUGAUUGUCAGAAAUUAUUGGUAUACAUCACAAGGUCUCAUGCAAAGGAAAAUGUUGAGGGCAGCUGGAUGAGGUGAAACUAAGGUUAACAGCUGUAAACACCUAGAGCAACACAAUCUUCCUCGUGUUUAAGUUGCCUACACUGAGGAAUGUCCAUGAGAAGGUUACAGAUGCUGAUCACUGGGCAGACGUACUCCUGUUGAUGCAAUGGGGCUCAGAUUAGGUGAACCUGAGAGAGCUGCUUCUUUUCCCGUUGAAGUGGAGAACCAAGGAGAGUAAAGAUCAGGGCUGGAGGAUUCUCUCUGGGAGAAGAAGUUGAGUAAAUGGGAUUUUGAUGAGGGGACGAGAGAGGUGUGAGUGUGCUUGCAAGCAGGCGGUGCCUUCACGUUGGGCCAGGCACGAGAGCGCACGCAGCCAGGUUUCCUGGCAUGCCACAUGUUAGCCCAGCAGCUGCGCAUCACUCCCAGCCUCCAGCAGUGCUGAACACUGUUCCUGUAAAGCACUUCUUAAAGUGGUGUGGGUCUUUUUGCUCUCUUCAGAGAUGCACAGUGAUACGUUAGAGUAGGAACAGGCUGUGCUGUGAGCCUAGGUCCAUGAGCCUAAGUGUUUAGUGUGUUAGGCUGCUCUGAUUUUUUUCCUUGUAAGUCCUUAUCUGAAUCUAUUAUCCUUUUUUAUUUUUUUCAGUAUUCUGGUGCUUUUCUUGCAGCCUUUCAUAAACUUGAUACCAUUUAUUUAGCCCGUGCUUUCCUUGUUUUGCCUAAUGCUCUCUAUAUGAUAAACCCUUAUACUGAUAACUUGAAACAUUUACUUUAUUUAGAAGUACCGAAAUCUUGAGACAAUUUUUAGUAUAUUUCUGAUGUUAGAGAAGUAGAAUCUGCUAAUAAGAGGUAGCUUAGUGAUUGUUUCUCCAGGAGUGUGAUAUAUAAUAAUGUCUCAAAUGUACAUUUGUCACAUUUCUCAGCUUAAUAUUUUGCAGCCUGGGAGGUGUGUUUCCCACCAGCUUUUUAUUCUGUCCGCUAGAGUUCAGGGGAGGCUGGGGAACUCCUGCAGUUUGUGGUAAACAUAGUUUUCAAUUCUGCAAAGCACUGGGGAUUUGGAUAUUGUAAUCCUGCAGAGUACUACAGUUAAAGAGGAGUUAUUUUUUAGUCCAUUAAAGAUUUUUCACAAAUCAUGAUGAUAAUUUAUUUGUCUGUAGUACAAUACAUCAGGCUUACUCUGUAGAUCUUAUGCAUGUUAGUAUCCUUUCUUUUCUUUAGAAGACUAGAUUUUCUGAGUGUGUCAACUGCCAAGACUUCGAAGCAGCUGUUGAGUCACCUUUUUCCCCACCUAGGGGGGUAAAACACUGUAAGGUUUAUAUAGCAGACAAUAUUUUAAACUCGUUCAGUGGAAACUGUUGGCUUGGCACUGAAUUGGCUCCUAAUUUUCCUCUGGUAUGUAUUUGGGUCUCAGUGACACCUCCUCAUUCUGUUUCUGUGCAUUAUUUCAUCUCCCACUUGAUGCUGAAUUGUUGAAUCUGAAAUACCACAUCAGAGUGUCUUCCCACAUCUGUUCGGAGGAGAGUCGUCUGUCUUUGUUAGUACUGCUGUUUGCAUCACCUUCUUAGCAGUGUCUCAGAUGUGAGUUUCAUGUGAGAUUUUGUGUGGGAUUAAUAGCAGCAGCCUCAUUAGGUAAGGUUAGUUGAUGAGUUCGGUGUUUAACCAUGUUAUGUCUGUGUCAGGCUCAGAUUCCCAGAGUUUUUGGCAGUGUUUGCUGUCUUCUGUCCAGGCCCAUGGCUUUGUAUGGCUCCUUCCUGUGCUUUCACCUUCUACCCGCUCCCUUUUAGCUGCUGCCUGUCCUGUCCUCCUGUGAAACCGUGUCCCUUGACUGAGCUCACAUCCCUUCCCAUUACAGCACUGUGAUCUGACAUGCUCUUAGCUGUCCCUAUACAAAUGUCCUCUUCUAGAGGAGAAUAAAUGUCUAUCAUGCAUUCACCAACUUCCAUGAACUUUAUCCUUUAGUUCAAGCGCUCCAAAAUGUUUCUAGAAUGUGGGUAUGACUGAUUUUAUUGAGGCUGAACUGAGCUUAGCAAUGUGUGAGCACUGGAGUUAACACUUCUUCAGGAAGAAUCUCUGGAUCUCUGGAUACCCUGCAGCUGCUUCCAGCCAGGAGUCUUCACCAGUCGCUCCACCCCCACUUUUCCCCACCCAGCAACCUUUCUUCCAGGAAAAUUUCACCAAUACAGACGUACAGCAAAACGUUGCUGGGUAGAUAACCAAGUGGAUGCAUCUGAACGACCGCGUGGGCAGAGCUGGAAAAAACAUGGUGGUCAGCAGAGCAUUGUGCUUUUGCACUCUGUGAAAAUACUUGUGCUCAGACAAACUGCAAAAUGUCAGCAACACAGAGCUCCUGCAGGCAUGCAUUCGAAGCCAAGCAAUAAUGUGCCAAAACAAACACACAAAAAUGAAUCGAUAAUCACCAGCGCAUCUCAUGUAAAAUAUGUUGUGUUUCUACUUUGCCCUCCUAGGGCAGACUGUAGGCAACCUGGUAGCUUAACACUGGCAAUUUGUGGUUUCUUGUGCUUACAAUAUCUAGAUGAUGCUGUGAACCCUCAGAUGGAUGAUGUAUGUUUAUCAGAAGGAAAACAAAACCAUGUUUUGGGUAGCAAUUAGCAAAUUCAUGUGUUAGUGGUCUUUAGCAGCCAAGAAAGACUGUUCUUGGUGUCGUAUCAGUGUCAAAAGUAAAAAUGUGCUUGGAGUAGUAUAUGGCACAGUGUGGGGGGAGAUGAUCCGUGUGCCUUCAUCCUGCUCAUCUUCCCUGCCUUGUGACUCAGCAUCAUGGAGUGUUGGUUGAAUAGUUAACAACCAAGGAAAUCCAUUUGGGAUAAUAAAAAAAAAAGGUACAAAACAAAAAUGACUUUGUCAUUCCCAAGGGUGAAUCUGUACAGGGAAAAACAAAAACACAGGAACUGUGUUGCAGCCUGACCGGUUAACGUAACUCUUUAAAUUCAGUUUGUUGGAAGAUGAGACAAGGGAAACAAGUUAAUUGUCAGGAAACUUCUCUGUCAGAGCUUCUGGAGAAACUGGUGUGACCAGAACCAAGACCAGAACAGUUACUGAGAAUGCAGUGUUUACUUCUGUGUUUCAGUGUUUCCAAUACAAAAGCUGAAUUGAAGGAGAACCCUGUUGCAGGCAGUUUGCAGCCUGGCCCGGGUUUCAUUUGAGGCCAUGAUGACUCCCACUGUCUGUGCACUUGGUUGAUGUCUGCUGGCUUCACGUUGCCUUGGGCACAAGUGUCAAAGUCUUGCCGCAUUUCUGUUGACUUGGUUCUCCUGACCUCUGCUGGCUUAGAAAAACAGAGUGAGGAAAGAUAUGGAGACAAGGAGGAAAAUACCUGUCUUCCCCAUUUCAGAGGUAGGAAACCUUCCUUGGAACAUUUAAGAAGGAAUUACAGAGAAAAGUGGGGAAGGAAAGACCAAAUGAAAACUAAAACAUAGGUGACAUGCGUUCUUCAUGGAGAUAUUUCUGUGUCCUUAAAGCCAAUGUUUUGCUUAAUUUUUGCAGUUUUCCCCACUUGUUCAUUCUGAGCUCACGCAUUUUUUAUGUUCUAAGUGUCCCAUGGCUAUUAGGAAAAUGAACUUUUCCAAAAGCUGUAUAUUUUGCUGGUGUGUAUAGAUAUAUGCAAAUAUGAUUCAAUAAAACUGAUCUUAUAAAGUAACUGGUGAUACCAGUAGGUGAACAACCUCCAUUUAUUACCACUACUACCACGUAAGAGCUUGGAAAAUGCGCUGUUUGGAGAAGUACCUUCAAGAGAUUGAGAAAAAGGAAAUAUAUGCUCUAAAGAUAAUGCUAGCUUUUAUCUCGAGUGUCACAACUGCUUUGAAGUGUUACAGUUAGAAACGGAAAUGAAAAUGAAAAUCAGUAUUGAAGUUGAUGGAAAAUUCCUUUGGGGAAUUUGGUGGAAUCUACCAUAUCAGUGUUUUACUACUUAGCAAAGUUUUUAUAAAUGUGAAAGUAUAAAACUGAAAAUCUCGCUAGUUUAUGAGGCUGAUUCUCCAUUGCCUUGUUCCAUGUCUCUUCCUUCACACCUUUAAAAAAUGAACGCAGAAGGUUACCAAGGCAGAGUAAGCCUUUCACAGUCAGCCUAUGGAGAUGACAGCUUUGAAUUCAAGAUAAGUGUUCAUCAAGCUCCAAGGUCUGGAGCGAUACAGAGCCUCUUGCAUUCGGUGUUUCAGUUCCAUCAUUUAGAAAGGUAAGGGCUAUGUUCUGAAAGAAACCCUCCCCUCCCUUUUUUUUUUUCUUUUUCCUUGUUUUUGUAGCAUCUCAGCCUUUGUUCAUUUAUUUUUUUAGUGUCUUUUUAUUUAUUUCUUUUAGUCUGGUUGGUGCUUGUGUGAGUGGUCACUGUUUUCAUAGUUAUCCCAAAGGGAUGUACAUACCUUCCUAUCCAAAUGCUGCACACUACCAAGUGUCUCUGGAGUCAUGGGGUACUGCAGUGACCAAUGGGCUUGGAGAUCAAGUCCUCUACAUUGUUCUCUCCUAGGGACCUAAAUUUCAUUAUCCCACCUGAGUUAGUGUAGCUAUUUAAAAGAAAGAAGCAUAACAGCUGAACUGAUGCGAAGUAAAAUGAACAUCAUUCAUUUCUUUGAAGCUCCUAGAUUUAUUCAUUUGUCUGCUGUGUUCUUUUCUGAGCACCUCUUCUUUCACAGCAUUUAUAAUGUGGAUUUUGAAUCAAAUCUUGGAAAGGAAGGUUUUGUGAUGUGAAACUUAUCUUUCAUCAUUCAGGAUUCUUUAAAGAGGAAACUGAUAGAGCCCAGCCACACAGAGAGGAAAUAUUUUUUCCCCUAAGAAAGUUUGCUGUAGGUGUAGCUUGUAUGUGCUCAUGUACGUGUAUGUAUGUGUUUAGAAGAGCUGUACACGUGUAGGUCUCGUGCAUUACUCAUACUCAGAGGGUUUUUUUUCCCUUUGCCGUUUCUAAUUGAAUGCUGGAGGCUCAGCGUUUUCUACAACUUAUAGGCAAGUUUAGAUCACUCUGCAAUAGUGAAUAGAAACAAGGGUUUUAUCUGGUCUCUGAAUUAAUUCCCAGAGCUCUAGCUAACAAAAGUCAAUUGGCCAAACUCCGUGUUGAGACUGUCAACAAAAAGCAUAGUGGCUGGAUGUACAGAGAUGCACUCUGACUUCAGAGCUUUGUGGAAACCGAUACUUGGAUGUACAAAUGGGUUUCUUCACAAAGGCUGUGGGUGACAGCAGGCAUCUGUGCUCAUUAGGGACAGAAUUAUAUGAACUGAGUCACUUUGAGGUUUUGUUAAGUUUCUGCUUUGAGUGAUAACCUCUGGUGUAGAAAUAAAUGACAGCUCUUCCAGCAAAGUCUCCAGCAGUUGCAUACUGCAAAAUACAAGUCUCUCAGAUGCUUCUUAGCAACACCACUACAACAGCUGAUCCAUCUGUUAGGAGAUUCUCCCAAAAACACAUCCCGUGUCUCAGUUUGUAAUGAGUGGUUUCAAGUACACUAAACCCAGGUUUAGAUGCUGCAGUGAGAAGUUUUAGUAAAGGGAAAAUAAAAGUCCAAGUGUUCCUGGUAUAUAAAAUCAAGCCUGAGGUCUGAAGUAAAGGUCUCAGUAGCGCACUGGAAAGGGAUGGGAGUUCGGAUGCAGAGCUAAAGGGGGAGAGGAUGAGUGAAUUCCUGGCCAUGGCAAGCACCAUAAAAAGGAUGGCCGUAAAUCAGUCAGCAGAAGAAGAAGAACAGUUUUGGUGUUUCUAAUGAUGACUAAUAUUAUUGUGGCUUUAUUAUUUUUAUAGUUUCACUGACUGAACGUGAUGUACUGUACAAAGUAAAGCUAGUUUUAGGCUUCCAGAUGUACCGUAGCAUUUAUUUGAGACAUACCAACAGAAGUCUGCAUGUGAAGAACUCGUACAGUGAUAAAAAGCAAUGUUGCUCGCCUGAUUGACUUCCUUAGGAAUUUAAUGUUUUGCUGUUUUACAUUUUCUGGUUUCCAUGCUGAGUACAAUAAAAUGAACACUGUCUUAA